AUGCAGAACUUCUUCAACUUCAACACGUUGCUCUUCUCUUUCUUCGUUUCGCAAACCUAUGCCUCCUUGUAUGCUCAGCAGGAGAGUUUGUACAUGGCCCUCUUCUCCGAGAUCUCUGAGGCGAGAUCGCUUCUAGAGCAGUUGACCCUGGUGUCGCAGAACAGGCCGAGCUAUCGUUCCAUGCUGGAAAGCAUGGAUGCUUACAUCUCCGAGCUGGUCCUGGGAGUACGACUUGGCUGUCCUCCUGCAGUGCUUGUGGCAGCAAAGCCUGCCAAUGAUCCUUUAGAGAACAUCCUCUAUGCUACCAGCGUUGGGGUUCCAUCUGUGGUCUAUGACACAGUCCGAAGCUUGCGGCAGGCCCGUGGACAACGCCUGGGCGCCACGCAGCGCAAGUUCCCAUUGGAGCACUUUAUCCUGCUGAAUGUCUUGGGUGCCCUGGAGCUGUUGGUCUUUCCAUUGCUUGGUGCAGGGAUCUCUGGCUAUGAAGCUGACGCAGCCUCGCCGGGUCAUGUGCUUUGGGUGCAAUCUGUGGUCUUUGCUUUUCUGGCAGGGGGUGUGGUGCUUGCUCUACAGGUAGUGCAGGACCUUCGGACACCCACGUGUGGCCUAUACAAUUUGAAUGAGGCGCUGGACGAUAUGGUAGAAGGUCUCCGGGGUGAGCUGCAGCGACGCCUGGAGGCCGCACCACAGGACGAAGCUUCAAGUCUUGAGCCUUUGAAGAUUGAUGACGACGAUGACUGCAAGAACACUUGGGACAACGAGGCUUGGCCAUCUUUGCAACCUCGAGGUGAAGAGGGUGGCCAAUUUGUCCGUCUUGGGAAGUGUGCAGGGGUCGGAUUGGUCGCAGCUCUGCUGUUUGUGCCCAUUGCUUCAUUGAUGGAGACAUCCUUCUCAGCUCCAGCCUUACUAGCCAUCCGGGAGGACAACAACGCGCAGUGGCUGCAGAAUUGCUUCACCGGAGUAGGCCUGGUCUUCUCCCUCUUUGCUGCGCAGACCUUCAGCUUCCUUUACUCACAGCAGGAGGCCAUUUAUUUGGCACUCUACUCAGAGGUUUCGGAAGCCAAGGCAUUGCUGGAACAACUGGCAUUGGUGUGCAAGGGAAGGCCCACCUUGGCAGAGGCUCUUCAAGGUCUAGAGCCUAGAGAAGACCAAGGUCGAUCAAAGUCGGAUGGCGAAUUGUCAGAGAGUUUUGGUGUGGAUGUCACAAGUGACACCCACGCAUUUCAACGCUUUAGCACCUUCACCUCAAGACCAGCACAGCUUGAUUGGAGCAUUUUGCUGGACCUCGACAUGGUUGCAGAGGUUGAUGGCAUUGAGGAAGUGCUGCUGACCAUCAGAAAUCUGUCAGGUGAGGUGGUCUGGGGUCCCAAGCGCCUGCAGACCUCGGUGAGCGCCGAAGAUCUGCGGUCCAUGGUGGCAGAUGCCUUGGACGUGUCCUUCCAUCGAGUGCGCUUGGCCGGUGCUGAGCUCAUUGAUGGCCAGAUGUCUUUGAAGAUCCUGGGCCUUUCGGGUGAGAUUCAGUUGCAGCUGAUCUUGGAGGAUCCCAGUGACAUCAUUCGAAAGGUCCAGGCCUUCAUACGAUGUGAUGACAUCGAGCCAGGCUUGACCAUCGAAGAGCUCAAAGAGGUGGAACAGAAGUACGGUUUCAGAUUUCCCCCGGAUGUGCGGGACUUUCUUCAAGUCGGUUUGCCCUUGGGAUGUGGUUGGCAUGACUGGCGGCGACUGGGAAAAGUGACUGUGAGUGAUGAAGACACCGAAGACACCGUGUCCCAAAUUCAGAAGUUGCAUUGCAUUCCUUGGCGAGUGAGGUAUAGUAAAGACAGGCAAUGGGACGAGAACGAGAGCCUUGCCAAAGCGCAAGAUCUGGCCAGCAGGGUGUACCCAUUGAUUCCCUUAUGUCAGCAUCGAUGCAUCCCUUCGGUGCCACAUGAAUGUGGAUUGCCCAUCCUUUCAAUGCACGGAUGUUAUGACAACCUUUGUCACAGCAGGAACUUUUGGACUUGGCUAGAAGAAGCUGCAAAAAUUCCUGCUGGAGUUAUACCUCAGAGCUGGAAAGACAAGACGGUGCCUGUCUACGAAGUGCCUUUUUGGCAGCAUUGGUAUGACAUUUGAGCCGAGAAAAUGUGGCCGCUCCUGCUGAUAACUAUAUAGAGCCUUCUGAGGUGAUGUGGGUCACUGACCUUUACUCAGACUCCAUUUGAACCAUCAGCAAGGGCAAGGCAUAGCAAGUUAUAGCAAGGCAUAGCAAGGCAUAGCAAGGCAUAGCAAGGAUGCAAUGACCAUCCCACAUAGAGUCCUCGGAGUUCGUUUGAGAUUCAGACUCGGACUCCCUGCAGCGAGCCAAAGCGCUUGGGAAAAAAACUGGCAGAUUGCCAUCAG